UCCUGCUGCCUGCUGCUUCUCUUCUUCUUCUUCUUCCUGCUGCAUGCUUGCUGCGUGCUGCUGACUGCUGACUGCUCUUUUUUUUUUUCUUCUUCUUCUUCUUCUUCUUUAUAUGUAAGCUUACUGUUUUUUAAUUUAUAAUAUAUAGUUUAAUUAAUGUAAGCUUAUAAAUUAUAACUAAUAACAUAAUAUUUAUUUUUUUUACAGAAAUUUAGCUACUGUUUUUUAAUUUAUAAUAUUAAGUUUAAUUAAUGUAAUUAUAACUAAUACAUAAUAUUUAUUCUUUUUAUUGAAAUUUAGCUACUGUUUUUUAAUUUGUUUAGAAAUGCAUUAUGUAAGUCUUAAAUUAUAAAUAUAUGAUGCAUUGUUUUUUCAGUUAGGAUACGAGAUACCAAGUCUAAAAUCUUAAAUGGAUUCUAGUUAUGGAUGUGAGGCCUUGGCGAAGAAAGAUCCCGCAUGGAAGUAUGCACAUUUGGAGGAUAAAAAAAAUAGAAAUAAUUUGACUUGCAAUUUUUGUGCUAAAGUCACCAGGUGAGGAAUAUUUCGGGCAAAACAACACAUUGUCGGAGGAUUUCGAAAUGUGAAAGAAUGCUCUAAGUGCCCUGCUCAUGUACGUGAGGAGAUUAAAGAGUAUAUGUUGAAGAAAGAUAUGGAAAAGGAGGAAAAUGAGUUAUUGCCCGACUUUGAUGAUAUAGAUAAUUACGGUGAAGAUGAAGAAGAUGAAGUUCAAGAAAUUGACAUUCGUGGCAAGAGAGUGCUUACUAGUGAUGGAAGUAAAAGAUCAUAUCAAUCCAACUUGAAGAAACCAAAAUAGAAGGGGCUAUAGGCUUGUUUUUUACUCCCGAUCCAAAGAAAGCGGUUCAAGUUAGGAAAGAAGGGAAGAUGAAGCAAACAUCAAUAAAUGAAGCAGGCAAGAAAGAACUAAGAAAAAAGGCAAUGGGAGAUUUUGCUAGGUGGAUGUAUGAUGCUGGGAUACCAUUUAAUGCUGUACGUUUGAGCAGCUUUGUAGUGACACUUGAAUCGAUUGGACAAUAUGGUCCUGGAAUAAAGCCACUUAGCUAUCAUAAAGUGAGAGUUCCUUACCUAAAGGAGGAAGUUAGUUGAAUGAAAGAGUUGUUGAAGGUCCAUAAAGAGGAAUGGACAAAAUAUGGCUGCUCAAUUAUGUCUGAUGGUUGGAGAGAUUCAGUUGCUAAUAAGGACAUAAUCAACUUUUUAGUAAACUCUCCAAGGGGAUCAGUAUUCAUCAAGUCUAUUGAUGCUUCUAAUAUUGUCAAGAAUGCAGAUAGAAUGUAUAGAUUACUUGAUGAGAUGGUAGAGGAAAUUGGAGAAUCAAAUGUGAUUCAAGUGGUAACUGACAAUGCGUCAAACUAUGUUGUAGCAGGGAGAUUGUUAGAAGCAAAGAGGCCACAUUUAUAUUGGACACCGUGUGCUGCUCAUUGCAUUGAUUUAAUUUUGGAGGAUAUUGGGAAGAUGCCUUCAAUUCAUGCAACUUUGAAAAGGGCAAUUUUUUUGAAUGACUAUAUCUAUAAUCGUGUUGGCGUUGUCAACUUGAUGAGACAGUUCACUGGAGGAAAGGAGUUGCUAAGACCUGCAGUUACAAGAUUUGCAACUGCCUUCAUCACCCUUCAUUCAAUCCAUCUUCAAAGUAACAAUUUGAGGAAGAUGUUUACUUCUAAAGAUUGGAAUACUACUAAAUGGGCAAAGGAGGCGGCUGGCAAGAGAGCAGCUACUAUUGUUUUGAUGCCUACUUUUUGGAGUACCAUCGUCUAUGCUCUUAAGUUAACAGGUCCACUUGUUCAUGUACUCCGUUUUGUUGAUGGGGAAAAGCAGCCUGCAAUGGGAUACAUUUAUGAAGCAAUGGAUAGGGCUAAGGAAGCCAUAGCUAAGGCUUUUGGUGAGAGAGAGGAUAAAUUCAAGGAGGCAUUUGAAAUUAUUGAUACGAGGUGGGGAUGCCAACUUCAUCAACCGUUGCAUGCAGCUGCACACUACUUGAAUCCAGAAUUUUUCUAUUCAAACCCCAACAUUUUGCAAGAUGAAGAAAUUAUGACGGGUUUGUACAAAUGUAUUGCAAGGUUACUGCCAACUAUUGAAAUGCAAGAUAAAGUUUCAAAUGAGUUGGAAAAAUACAAUGCCGCUAGUGGCAUCUUUGGAAUUAGUUUGGCAGUGAGACAAAGGAAGACAAAAGCACCAGCGCAAUGGUGGAUGGCAUAUGGAUCAACAACUCCAAACUUGCAAAACUUUGCUGUGAAAAUUCUUAGCCUCACGUGUAGUGCUACCGGCUGCGAAAGAAAUUGGAGCAUAUUCCAACAUCUUCAUAGCAAAAGGAGAAAUAGGCUAUCCCAGCAACGCUUGAAUGAUUUGGUAUUUGUGAAAUAUAAUCGAACUCUGAGGCGUCGAUACGACAAACGUGACACCAUUGAUCCCAUCCUUCUAAAGGACAUUGAUGAUAGUAAUGAGUGGUUGAUUGGUAGGAUGGAUGGUGAUUCUGAUGAGGAUGGUGAACUUGUGUUUGAAGAUGAUAAUUUGACUUGGGAUUUUGUUGCUAGAGCUGCUGGACUAAAUAACCCCCCGCAUCACACUAGAUCAAGAAUAAGUACAAAUAUGCUAUCAUCGUCUAGAGGAAGAGGAAGGGCUUCAUCUAGUAGUGCAACCAGUGCUAGGGGUCGGACCACAAUGUUGGAACUUGUAGAUGAGGAUGAAAUCCAAGUGGAUAGUGCAGAGGAGACGGAAGAGGAAAAAGAUGUUGGAGAAAACAGUUCUGAUGAUGAAGAGGAAGAUGAUGAUAUCUUCGCCGACUUAGUUGAUGACGAGUGAUGAGUGAUGAGUGAUGAUUGAGGAGGAUUUUUAGAUUUUAUAUUUUGAAAUCUUUUAUUGUACUCUUUUCUUUUGAUGUUGAACUAUGUUGAAUUGUUGAUGCUUUUGGGCUUCGUCUUGGCAAUUUUAUUAAAUUUCCAAUUUUGUUAUUGAA